GAAAGAAGAGCGGGGAACGAGAGCGCAGAGCCGAGAAGGAGGCCUGGGAGGGCAGGGAAGGGCGAGACGGCGGCCCUGGGAAGGGAGGCCGUCGGGCGCGGGGGUGCGGGCAAUGGCGGGAAGCGGGUGGAGCUGCCCGGCUGGUCCGUGACCUCAGGGCCCCUGGCCCAGCUCCUCCCUGACGUCAGCCCUCCUCCGCCCCCGCCUGCGUCGGUCUUCAAAUGACCCCCGGGCUCCCCAGCCACAGCGAGACCCGGGAGCGAGCAGGAGAGGAGCGCCCGCCGACCCGCGGCGAUGACACAGGACGCGCCCAAGCCCACCCCGGCCGCCCGCCACUGCUCUGGCCUGGCCCGGCGGGUGCUGACUAUCACCUUCGCGCUGCUCAUCUUGGGCCUCAUGACCUGGGCCUACGCCGCCGGGGUGCCGCUCGCCUCCGAUCGCCACGGCCUCCUGGCCUUCGGUCUCUACGGGGCUUUCCUCUCCGCACACCUGGUGGCGCAGAGCCUCUUCGCGUCCCUGGAGCACCGGCGGGGGGCGGCGGCGGCGCGGCGGGCGGCGGCGCGGGGGCCCCCGGACGCGGCGGCGGCGCGCAGCGUGGCGCUGACCAUCUCGGCGUACCAGGAGGACCCGGCGUACCUGCGCCAGUGCCUGGCGUCCGCCCGCGCCCUGCGGUACCCGCGCGCGCGGCUGCGCGUCCUCAUGGUGGUGGACGGCAACCGCGCCGAGGACCUCUACAUGGUGGACAUGUUCCGCGAGGUGUUCGCCGACGAGGACCCCGCCACGUACGUGUGGGACGGCAACUACCACCAGCCCUGGGAACCCGCGGCGGCGGGCGCUGCAGGCGCGGGCGCCUACCGGGAGGUGGAGGCCGAGGACCCGGGGCGGCUGGCGGUCGAGGCGCUCGUGAGGACGCACAGGUGCGUGUGCGUGGCGCAGCGCUGGGGCGGCAAGCGCGAGGUCAUGUACACGGCCUUCAAGGCCCUCGGCGACUCCGUGGACUACGUGCAGGUCUGUGACUCGGACACAAGGCUGGACCCCAUGGCACUGCUGGAGCUGGUGCGGGUGCUGGAUGAGGACCCCCGGGUAGGAGCUGUUGGGGGGGAUGUGCGGAUCCUUAACCCCCUGGACUCCUGGGUCAGCUUCCUAAGCAGCCUGCGGUACUGGGUGGCCUUCAACGUGGAGCGGGCUUGUCAGAGCUACUUCCACUGUGUGUCCUGCAUCAGUGGUCCCCUAGGCCUGUACAGGAACAACCUCCUGCAGCAGUUCCUUGAGGCGUGGUACAACCAGAAGUUCCUGGGUACCCACUGCACCUUUGGGGAUGACCGGCACCUCACCAACCGCAUGCUCAGCAUGGGCUAUGCGACCAAGUACACGUCCCGCUCGCGCUGCUACUCCGAGACCCCGUCGUCCUUCCUGCGCUGGCUGAGCCAGCAGACGCGCUGGUCCAAGUCCUACUUCCGCGAGUGGCUGUACAACGCGCUCUGGUGGCACCGCCACCACGCGUGGAUGACCUACGAGGCCGUGGUCGCGGGGCUCUUCCCCUUCUUCGUGGCGGCCACCGUGCUGCGGCUCUUCUACGCGGGCCGCCCGUGGGCGCUGCUGUGGGUGCUGCUGUGCGUGCAGGGCGUGGCGCUGGCCAAGGCGGCCUUCGCGGCCUGGCUGCGCGGCUGCGCGCGCAUGCUGCUGCUCUCGCUCUACGCGCCGCUCUACAUGGGCGGCCUGCUGCCCGCCAAGUUCCUGGCGCUCGCCACCAUGAACCGGAGCGGCUGGGGCACCUCGGGCCGGCGCGCGCUGGCCGCCAGCUACGUGCCGCUGCUGCCGCUGGCCGUCUGGGCUCUGCUGCUGCUGGGAGGCCUGGUCCGCGGCGUGGUGCGCGAGGCCCGGGCCGACUGGAGCGGCCCUGCCCGCGCCGCCGAGGCCCGCCACCUGGCCGCGGGCGCUGGCGCCUACGUGGGGUACUGGGCGGUCAUGCUGGCGCUCUACUGGGGGGGCGUGCGGAGGCUCUGCCGGCGGCGGUCGGGUGGCUACCGGGUCCAGGUGUGA